AUGUCGUCCACCGCGCACACAACCGAGGGCCAGACUGCCGCUGAGUACAGCACCACCAAGACCGGCCACCACCACUACCACGGCAAGAGCGACGCGAGGGCACCUCCUCGUGUCGACUGCGUCGCGAUGCACAAGGAGGACGCCCUCGCUGCGGCGGAAAAGCUCAAGCACGACGAAGUCCACCACUACGAGGGCCAGCCCGACGACCAACGCCUGAGGGCCGACAACAUCCUCAAAGACCCCAAGUCGCCCGCCGACGCCAAGCUCAACGCGCUCGACAGCUCCGAGGCCCUGCCGCACGGCGGCUACCUCAGGGGCGACCUGUGA